AUGUUUACUUAUCUACUAGCCUAUGGCGUUCUUAUUUGUAACGAGCACCAGUACGCCGUCUAUAGUCUAGACGAGCAUCUAAAGCGCUACCACAAGCUACCUAUUCAAGAUAGAAGACAGCUACAAGAACGCUAUAGUAGCUAUACGCUACAGCCGCCUAACCACGUACGCGCGCCAGCACCGUACAGCGCGCCAUUCGCGGAGCUUGGCCCACUACAAGACGCGUUUCGCUGCUGCUGUCAAGCUGACUGCAGCUUUCUAAGUACUAGUCGGAGUUGGAUAAAAAAGCAUAUUAAUCAACAGCAUGGUGUAAAGCUUACGCGCUGGUCGUUAAGAGUAUCUACGCCUACGCAGCUAUGGAGGGCUGUUAAGGUGCAGACGUUCUUCCGCGAGACGCAGUAUCGACGCUACUUUAUUGUACAGGAGCCAGAGCAGCCAGAGCAGCCAGAGCAGCCAGAGCAGCCAGAGCAGCUAGAACAGCCGGAGCAGCCGGAGACAGGCCAAGCGGGCCAGGCAAGCCAGCAGCAGCAGCAGGAGCAGGAGCAGGAGAGCUACCAGCAACGCCUAGCCUGUCUAUCGUGCGAGUGCGACGCUGUCGAGCGCAAGGAUAGCGAGGCUAUACAGCGUAUAGCCGAAGAAGCUAACGCCAAAGAUCGUACGGGUUGGUUCAAGCGUACGCAGUGGGACGAGCACCUGCAGGCCUACUCAGACUGGCAGCUACUGUCGUACGCCAUACGCCUCCCAUCAGCGGAGGAGCCGCAGCUGCAGCGCGUUGUACAGCUCGUAGAAGAGCUAGUAGAGGAAGCUAUACAGGGACUCGGCACGCUCUCUCGAGAUACGCUGCGCUGGCUGCGCAGUGCAAAGCUUCAAGAGCCAGACGUCCGCCCGUUUAGCCGUAUGCAAAACAAGGCCAGCCAGCUGCGCGCUGCUCAAGUCUGGGCACGACUAGUCUGCUACUGCCUCCGUGUAGUAGCUGUCGACCAGCCAGCAGCGCCAGCAGUGCCCGAGCUGGCCAGUAUUGCUCGUCUCUUCCCGUGGCAUGGCAAGCAGAAGCUAGCAGCAGAGCGGCUCUGGAAGUACCUCUGCCAGUCUAAUAAUAGCGCUACGACAAUAGCCAAGCAGCGUACGUACGUGCUGCGCCUGUCUCACGCUCUUAUCUGCCAGGAGCUCUACGGACAGCCCUUUGACAGCGCUAUUGUCUAUUUUCUCGCCGCGCUUGGUAUCCACCCGGAGACUAGCCGCCUACGUACUGCUCCCAAGUUCUCGUCUAUACUUGGCGCACUUGUCUACUGCGUACGGGCGUUAGCGAUAGAGAUCUUUCUACUAGUAGAUAAGCGGGCGGAGCAAGGUGCUGUAGAGACUAAGAGCUUUCUUGAGUAG